AUGUUUUCAGAAUAUGCGUCCAAAUUUCUGGCGCAGUCCCAGUCCAGGCUUUCCAGCUUCGGCCAGCCGGCGAUAGCAGACGACGCCGCCAGCCUGAAUGGCUACAACACACACGCGACAGCCGGAUCGGUGGCCGGUGAGCCCUCCAGCCGGCUGCGACCUGGGUCAGAUUGGCAAUCGUCUGCCCGCGGCCCGAAAGCCUUUGGACGGUCGUUUCUGAGCCGCGGCAAUCCGUAUCAGACGACAGGCGGCUCGCGCUUCGGCCAGCUCAACUUUGCGUCACGCUACUCGGCUGCAGCCCAGGACGCGCCGCUCUUCCACAGCGGCCGGGGCGACAUCAACGAGGCGCUGGGCGAGGAAGACGAAGACGACGAGGACGAGAUGGAGCGGGACCGAGAGGCAGCCGACCUGUACGCGCUGCAGCGGUCACGGCGCGUGUUUGCGGCCAGCCGUCUGGACGAGAGCACCGGCACCGACAACGAGCGGAGCCGAACGACGCUGGGGGACAGCCGCGGCGAAGAUGACGACGAGGACGACGACGAGGAAGAGGAGCCCCUGACGGGAAGCGGCCGGAGGACGACGAGGACGACAGCCGCAAAUGGCUCUGGCGAAGAGGCUCGGGGAAUCCAGAGCAGCUGGAAGGGCCGGCCGGGAACACGGCAAAAGAGCCCGACAGACGGGCGGUCCGGCUACGGAAUGCAUGAGAGUCGGGGCAAGAUGGUGGACAUUGGGCUGGAGUCGACGAUUGCCGACAGCGAGCCGCCCGAAGACCUCACGUACGAGCGGCAGCAGCUUGACGACUUCGACGGCGACCAGCCGCCGGCGUUCCAGCAGUUCAACCCGUCGUCCAAGGCCGGUCGGUUCGGGUUUCUCCACAACUCGGCGCACGACUCGGAGCUGGGGCUGCUCCACCGCCAGGACGUGGGCCGGGACACGGACAGCGAGGCGGCACACACGGCGGCGGUGGCCGACAGCAGCACGCUGCACACGACGGCGGCUGCUGCAGCGACACCGUCGGACGGCGAGCUGUUCCGGCACGACCCGUUCUUUGCGUGGAUCUACCUGAUCGCGGUGGCGUCGCUCUUUGCGACAUUUGUGCUCGUGUACCUGCACACGUCGGUGCCGGACGGCGGCGGGAAGCAGCCAUGGGGAGACACCAUUUACACGACGCUGCUGUCGUCGUUCCACCUGCUGGCCAUCGACACGCUGGUGGCCAUCAUCGUGUCGCUGGUGUGGCUGGCAGCACUGCGGUCGUUUGCGCGGCCGCUGGUGGCGGUGAUGAUCGUGGCCGUGCCGGUGGUGCUGCUCUCGUUUGCCAUCUACCCGUUCGUGUCGAGCUACCGGGGCAGCAGCGGGCUGCAAGACCGGGUGAUGCGAUGGGCGUCGGUGGUGCCGGGCGUGGCGGCAAUAGUGUGGAUAUAUCUCGUGUGGAAGGGCCGGUCGGCGCUGCGGUCGGCCGUGGAUAUUCUGGAGUUUGCGAGCCGGAUCCUGGCAGCCAACUCAGCGCUGGUACUGGUGGGCCUCGGAUGCCUGACGCUGAUCGUGCUCUGGACGUGGGCGUGGCUGGCCAUGUUCACGCGGGUGUUCCUGGGCGGGUCGUUUUCGAGCAAGCUGUCACGGUUCAUCAUCAGCGCGUCGAGCUGGUGGCUGGGCGCGUACUUUGUGCUGAUGUACAUCUGGACGCUGUCGGUGAUCUCGGGCGUGCAGCGCGGCACAACAGGCGCGACGGUGUCGCAGUGGUACUUCCAUCGCAACGUGCAGCCGGCGCCGUCGUCGGCCGAGGUAGUGUCGGCUGCGCUGCACCACGCGGUGACGACCAUCUUCGGAUCCAUCUGCCUGUCGACGCUGCUGGCGCUGGCGGUACGGCUGCCGCUGUUGGUGCUGCCGGGGCGGCUGGCCGAUGCCGUGGGCCUGUUCUUCUACUCGCUGGUGCCAUCGUCGAUCACGACGCUGACUAAUCCAUUAACGCUGACGUACUCGGCCAUUCACUCGCAGAGCCUGACGGCAUCGGCACAGGGCCUGAGCCAGCUGGAUUUUCUGUCGCCACAGGCGCCGACGACGACGCUGACGCCACGGGCCUUUCGGGGCGGCCGACGGCAACGAGCACGACCGGGGACGUCGGCACCGCUGCUGCCGUACCGCCUGGCCAAGCUGCUGCUGCAUGCGACGCGCUUCAUCAUGGCGACAGCGCUCGGCUUUGCUGGCUGGGUGAUGACGGCGCGGCAGCUGCGCAUCCCGGCGCCGGACGGGACUGGCAGCACGGUGCGCGGUAGCGCGUACGCAUACGUGGUCGGGCUGGUGGCCAGCUUCAUCGGCUGGGGCGUCUUGGGCGCGAUGGAGGGCACGCUCAGCGGCAUCGUGGACGCGGUGGUGAUCUGCUACGGCAGCGAGACGCGCAUGGCCAACGGCGGCGGAGGCUACUGCAUGGAGGCCGCAUACCUGUUUGGUGGGCGCAAUAGCGGCGACAGGGACGAGACGUACCGACGUCAUGAAGUGUAUUAA